UGGGAAUAACACCAUCGUCAUUGAGCAUGACCUAAGCAGUAGGGUGUGGUAAUUUUAAGAAAGGAGGUUAUCUAAGGAAAUGCAUUUUUCAUUCUCUAGAAAACAAAAAAUAGGGUUUGGGAAAAGAACUUGAGGAAGAACUUUCAGAUUUACCAUUGAUCAGUUGGCAGUGAAAAAAAAACAGCCUGGACAUAGUUAACAUUCAGCAAACAACUACUCAACUGGCCCUUGAUGGACCUGUAUGUAAUUAACCUCUAGUGUUACAGAGCCAGUUUUGGUGACAGCAGAGGUCAAGUUCUCAGAUAUCAACAUCUCUUAAAAUUGAUGUAAGUUUCAGGCACUAAACAGAAAUGAAGUGCCUUGUAAGAUACUCAAUAGUUUCAUAAAAAUGUUUGUUUUCAUAAAAGCAUAACACAAAACACAGAAGACAAAAAUAGCUGCCCUGUGGCACUUUAUCUUGGUCACUGUAUGGAGGAUUUGUGAAGAAUACCUACAUUUUUGUAUAUUGACAUAUUGGUUUGACUACAGCUUUUCAUUUUCCGUAGGCAUAUUCAGACACUCAGAAGCAUCAAUUUGGUGCUUACCAUUGCUCACUAUUUGUUUAAAUAUUAACCUCUUAAAAAUACUCAAAGUACAACAAAUGUGAGGCAUACAGUCCUGGCAUGGAGACCUCUUUUGAUAAUGGAAACAAUGAAUUUUUCUAUUACUUCUGUGUAUAUUUGCAAAUUGCUUCAAAUAUUGUAUUUUGUGUGUGUAAUGCUUGGUUUAUUCUCUUUCUGCUGAUGGACAGCGACCUCAAAAAUAGUGACAGAAAACAAGAAGCAGCCAGUUGUUUGUUAGAGUCCUGUGCAGAAUUGGAUGCAGUUUCCCUCUGGCUAUGGCUCACAUCCUCCCAACUACAGUGCACCCUCAGGACACUAUUCCCAAGUGCCCAAUAAAGCUGCUGCUUCACAUCUGGAUAAUCAGUACAGAGCCAGUUACUACCGUACUUACUAUUCAUCACCAGCACAAAAUGUGAUGACACCUUCUGUGGGUACCAGUGUGUUGAAUACACAGGAAUCACAGCAGUUGUACAACAAAACUCAUACAGUGGGGUCAGCUGAAGGACCUGUUCAAGGAGCAAUAUCAUCUGCAUCCUACUUGCAUACGAGUGCUCAGCAGUCAUACUCAGCAUUUGGUAAUCACUACAGCACUUCUGUCAGUUCUUCAGUUGCAUCUCAGGGAUUUCCCCUUAAUUCUGAUCACUACGCCAUGCCUGUGGUUUCCAGUGCCGUGUAUCCUAAUGUUUCCUAUCCUCCUGCGGCUCCUGGCAGUGUGUAUGGGCAGGCAUUUACCUCUCAGAGUCUACCUGUCGUUGGACAAGUGAAAGAGACAAACAAGUUUUCUAGCCAGAGUACAUCAGUACCUCAUUCACUUCAACAGCAUGUUCCUGUGGGAUAUAACACAACAUUAUCAACUACUUCAUCUGCUCAGUCUGUUCAAGACAACCUCUGCAGCAAUCUCACUAGAUCGGUUGCUAAAGUAAACAACCAAAUAAACACAGGUGGCAUUGAUUCUUCACAGCCUGUGCACUCUGAGAGCCAGAGUGUUUCAUUUACCAAGCCUGGGGCUGGAACAUCUGCUUCCUCUGCUGUGAUCUCCUCAGUAAGGACACCUGCUCCAAGCCUUUCUUCACAGCCGCGAUCUUCACCCUCUGUUCCACAGUCACCAGAGCUGGCCCUUCAGGAAGGCAUGCAGUAUGGUGGAUAUGUUAAUAAUCAAGCUAGCUCUGCACCAGCUCCCUUGUCAUCAAGUUCAGAUGAUGAGGAAGAGGAUGAGGAGGAUGAGGAAGCAGCAAUUGAUAGUUCCUCUACUACGAGCAGUGCCUCUCCUGUUCUGAACAAUUAUGAUGCCCUGGAAGGAGGUGGCUAUCCAGAGACGCGCUCUGUGACCAGCAGUCCAGUUCCUGCUCCAUCAGUCCCCCAAACAUCAAAAGCUUCCAAGCCCUUUGGUUAUGGAUAUCCAACACUGCAGCCUGGCUACCAAAAUGCAGCAGCACCUACUCCUGUGCAGCCCAGUAAUCCAGGACACCAUCCUGGGCUUCAGCACUAUCCACAGCAAUAUCCAGGUGUGAACCAGCUAACCUCUUCCAUAGGGGGGUUAAGUCUACAGCAUUCUCAGCAGCCAGAAAGUUUGAGACCAGUAAACCUUACACAAGAUAGAAAUAUUUUGCCUGUAUCUUCAGUUCCAGCACCUGUGCCUAACUUGAAUUGUGAUCUUAGGAAACUAAACUGCAGUCCAGACUCCUUUCGAUGUACAUUGACAAAUAUUCCACAGACACAGGCUUUGUUAAACAAAGCUAAGCUUCCUUUGGGUUUGUUGCUACAUCCUUUCAGAGACCUAACGCAAUUACCAGUAAUAACAACAAGCACAAUAGUGAGGUGCAGAUCCUGCAGGACGUAUAUCAACCCUUUUGUUUCUUUCAUUGAUCAAAGAAGGUGGAAAUGCAAUCUGUGUUAUAGAGUGAAUGAUGUUCCUGAAGAAUUUAUGUAUAAUCCUCUGACACGAUCUUAUGGAGAACCUCACAAACGGCCAGAGGUCCAAAAUUCUACAGUGGAAUUAAUUGCUUCCUCAGAUUAUAUGCUUCGUCCUCCUCAGCCUGCGGUAUAUUUAUUUGUUUUAGAUGUGUCUCAUAAUGCAGUGGAGGCUGGAUAUUUGACAAUAGUCUGCCAGUCAUUGCUGGAAAACCUAGACAAGCUGCCUGGAGACUCAAGAACAAGAAUAGGGUUCAUAACGUUUGACAGCACUGUUCAGUUUUACAACUUACAAGAAGGUUUAUCUCAGCCUCAGAUGCUGAUUGUCUCAGAUAUUGAUGAUAUUUUCCUGCCUACACCAGAUAGUUUACUUGUAAAUCUCCAUGAAAGCAAAGAGCUGAUAAAAGAUCUACUGAAUGCGUUACCAAAUAUGUUCACCAAUACAAGAGAAACACACAGUGCACUGGGCCCUGCUCUUCAGGCUGCGUUUAAACUGAUGUCUCCGACGGGUGGCCGGAUAUCUGUCUUUCAAACUCAGUUACCAUCUCUGGGAGCAGGGCUUUUACAUUCCAGAGAAGACCCCAAUCAAAGGUCAAGCACAAAGGUGGUCCAGCAUCUUGGUCCAGCAACAGAUUUUUAUAAGAAGUUGGCACUGGACUGCUCAGGCCAGCAGACUGCUGUGGAUUUAUUUCUCUUAAGUUCACAAUAUUCUGAUCUAGCUUCUCUUGCUUGCGUGUCCAAGUAUUCUGCUGGAUGCAUCUAUUACUAUCCAUCUUUCCACCAUAGCCAUAAUCCUGCUCAGGCUGAAAAGUUGCAAAAAGACCUUAAAAGAUACCUUACAAGAAAGAUUGGGUUUGAAGCAGUUAUGCGCAUAAGGUGUACAAAAGGUCUUUCAAUACACACUUUCCAUGGUAACUUUUUUGUACGAUCUACUGAUUUAUUGUCCCUUGCCAAUGUCAAUCCUGAUGCUGGAUUUGCAGUACAAAUGUCCAUUGAGGAAAGUCUGACUGACACAUCUUUAGUUUGUUUUCAAACAGCUCUUUUGUAUACUUCCAGCAAAGGUGAACGUCGAAUUCGAGUGCACACGCUUUGCUUGCCUGUAGUAAGUUCACUGGCUGAGGUAUAUGCAGGAGCAGAUGUACAAGCAGUUGUAUGCCUCUUAGCAAACAUGGCUGUGGAUCGCUCAGUUUCAUCUAGUCUUGCGGAUGCAAGAGAUGCCUUAGUUAAUGCUGUGGUAGACUCCUUGGCAGCAUACAUGUCAACUGCCUCAAAUCUACAGCAGUCCAUGCUGAUAGCACCAAAUUCCCUCAAGCUGUUCCCACUGUAUAUUUUGGCCCUUCUCAAACAGAAAGCAUUUAGAACAGGCACAAGUACACGCUUGGAUGAUCGCGUCUAUGCAAUGUGCCAGAUGAAGAGCCAGCCUCUUGUUCAUUUGAUGAAAAUGAUACAUCCCAACUUGUACAGAAUAGACAAGUUGAUUGAUGAGAGUACAAUACAUGUAAAUGACAGAGUUGUUCCUCAGCCACCUCUUCAGAAGCUGUCUGCAGAGAAGUUGACAAGAGAAGGAGCUUUUCUUAUGGAUUGUGGUUCAAUUUUUUACAUCUGGAUUGGGAAAAACUGUGAUAACAACUUCAUAAAAGAUGUCCUUGGAUACCCAAACUAUGCAUCAGUACCACAGACAAUGACGCAGCUUCCUGAGGUAGAUGCUCUUUCUUCAGAAAGGACACGAUCUUUUAUAUCUUGGCUUAGAGACAGUAGACCUUUAAGUCCAGUUCUUCAAGUAAUAAAAGAUGAGAACCCUGCCAAAACAGAAUUUUUUCAGCAUUUAAUUGAGGAUCGGACAGAAGCAGCUUUCUCAUAUUAUGAAUUUUUACUUAAUAUUCAACAACAGGUUUGUAAGUGAACAAGGAAUAAAUAGAAGAAAAACUCCUGACCGGAUAGAAGCAUGGGCCAAGUGAAGCAUAUGGAAAGUCACAAAAGUGGGUGCUUGUUCUUCACAAUAUACAGUGACCAGCACUGUUUUGGAAGCUUUACACUGAAGAAGUAUGUUUCCAAAAGAAUUUUGCAGAUUUACUUCAGUCUAAAAGUUCUAGGAGUGAUGAAGCUGUUUCACUAGUUUAUACACGUUUCCAGUUGUGCAGCGGUAUGGUGCUCUGUUUAUUGCAAGCUGGUGAAUUUAUGUAGCUAUGUGGGAUGAUAUUUCUUAAAAAAAUGUACAAUUAGGUAAAACCUUUUUUCUUACAUUUAUUAUAGUAGCCCUUCCAGAUCCAAAUUCUUAAGAGAUGUCAAAGGGCAGCGACAUGUAUGUUGGUUGUUUAUAUGAAUUUCUUUUUAAAAGGAAUGAUGAUUCAUAUUUACUAAAGACUUCAGUGAAUUCCCUGUGAAAGUUGUAGAGUUUCAGUAAAGUACAUCAGCUGUAGAAAUAUAUAAUGUACAUAAGUAUUACAUUUGUAAAGAAAAUGUAAAAAAUGUAACUAAAAAAAAAGACUUAGCUCAGUGUGCAGAAUUGUUGAGUGCUCAAUGAUGAAUUGUUUUGUCCCAGGCUAGACAAUGAAGUUGACUAUUAAAACAUGCUAAAAAAAAGUAUCCAUGUAGAAGGAACACAGCUGCUUCUUCUGUUAACUUUAGGUGAAUUUAUUUAUGAUUGGCUUACUAAUUAAAAAUAUUUUGCUUUA